AGGUCCUAUUAAAGCCUCUGCUCCCAGAAUAUCACAUACCAGUCCUGUGAGGUGAUGGGCAGCCUCUGAUAUGAGCGGGAAGUGGAAUGCCGGCUGACAAUAGAGUCUUAGUGAGAUGAGAAGCUUUAAAACUGAUGGGCUAAUACAAGUAGCUUUGUUAGAACAUUUGUAAUCAUCAGACUGGAAAUUCAGAAAGACAAAGAGACAGGAGGUCAAGACAUCAGACUGAGAUGCCAAACUUGGGAGGUGGAGCUAAGUGUGCAGCGUGUGAGAAGACAGCGUACCAUGCAGAGGAGAUCCAGUGUAACGGCAGGAGCUUCCAUAAGACCUGCUUCAUCUGCAUGAGUUGCAGAAAAGGGCUGGACAGCACCACGGUUGCAGCGCAUGAGUCUGAGAUUUACUGCAAGUCCUGCUAUGGCAAGAAAUAUGGGCCAAAAGGCUAUGGAUACGGGCAAGGAGCAGGAGCUCUGAGCUCAGACCCUCCUCGACACACCGGCCUGCAGCCUCAAGAGUCUAAGCCACGACCAGCUUCCUCAAAUCCUAGUGAAAAUAAAUCUUCCCAGAAGUUUGGAUGUUCAGACCGCUGCCCUCGCUGCUCUAAAGCCGUCUAUGCAGCAGAGAAGGUGAUGGGAGCGGGAAAGCCCUGGCAUAAAACCUGUUUCCGCUGCGCCCUGUGUGGUAAAAGCCUGGAGUCGACCAACGUGACAGACAAGGAUGGAGAGCUGUACUGUAAAGUUUGCUAUGCUAAAAACUUCGGCCCAAAAGGAUUUGGACUGGGGAAUGCCGCCAUGUUGGACUAACAGCAAUGAAUUCUUCUGGUUUUAAGUUCAAAGUUAAGGUCAAAUAACAGCUGAAUUGAAGCAUAUUUAAGGUCAAGAUGAACUAUUAAUACUUAUGUUCAUUGUGAGUACACAAUUAAAGGAUUU